AUGGCUAACCCAAAACGAGAGUUUGAUUACUUCGAGGGAUUUCGUAUCGCUGGUUCCGCCAUAGAAGACGAAAGUACACCCUGGCCCAAUGUUCCAAAGUUUAAAGAAAAGCUUUUAGCAUUUGCUGAUAUGUGCAAAGUACUCGAGAUGAGACUGUUAAAAGCUCUCGGAAGUGCAAUGCGAUUAAAAGAUCCUGAAUAUUUUUGCAAAUGUCAUUCGCUGAUGAAUAAAAAGGGAAAUAUGUCAACGAUGAAAGUUGUGAGUUAUCCGCCAGUUCCCACAGAUGAUUCUUUGAAAGAAAACCAAUUCCGUGUAGCUGACCAUACAGAUUGGACAACAUUGAUUCUGUUAUUCCAAGAUCAAAAUGGAGGAUUACAAUCAAUAAAUGCAAAAGGAGAAUUUGCUGAUGUUACACCCAUACCAGGAACAAUAAUCGUAAAUCUUGGCGAAACAAUACAGAAAUGGAGUGGAGGAAGACUGCGUGCAACGCUCCAUCGUGUUGUGCCACCUCGCGAUCAAAGUAACAGGAUGAAUACACGAAGAUCAAUCGUGUAUUUUGGUCAAGCUGAUGAUAACGCUUUGAUGGAGGAAUUCGAGUACGAAGAUGGGUUUGGUCACGAAGCAUCCAAUGAUCAAACGGACAAGAUUACAGUCAAGGAAUACAUGGAUAGGCGUUUCAUAGAAGUAUUUUCGUAAUGGUGAUAAAAAGAUUUUGACAUACAAUCUUUAUUUUUAAUCGACACUGCUUUAUCGAAUUUGGACAUUAGUAUAAGAUAGCUGAAGAUUACAGCAUGGAAAAAUAUGUCACGAGUAGUGAAUCUAUGAAUAUUUUCCAAAUGGUGAUCUGAUUUAAUCAUUAAGGUAACUAACUGAUCGAAUCUUUUAUCUUUCAUGAUCAUCUUCUAUCUAGCUGAUCGAUGUGUUUACUUUAGAAUUUUUCAAAACUGUAUCUUGUAAGCAGUAUGCGAAUUGCGAUUGAAAUCGAAUAAGUUUGAGUCAGAUUUCCCACGAUAUUAUCUGUUGAAUUUUUAAGUUGAAUGUCCACUCAUGCCAUGACUCUAUUGCAACCCAUUUCCUCGAGAAAAACUUGGUUCAUUCAUCGAUUAAUAAAUUUGGAAUACGAACAAUUUCACUGUCGUAUAAAAUAAGCUUGCAAAAUAGCUCUUGUUAAAUACUAGCUAACCAUUCGUAUAAAUGUACAUACAAAAAUGAAUCAGUACUCCUUUUUAACAAGACAAGAAAAUUGAUUAUAUAACUGUGGCUGAAAACAAGAAUGACAAGUAAUAACAGGAAUAUGCAUUAGGAGCUUGGCGUGUGCACGAGCUUAUUUGAGGUUACCCGUCGACUCAGGCACCUUGAAGUCAUGUUCUGGCACCUUCUUCAUUUUGACAAAUUGUCACGCCUUAUUGGCCACAUUUGUUGAGGAAAAGGUGUAGAGUGUAGACUAUUUCAAGGAAAUACUUGUCAAAAUAUUGUUGAUCAGAUGAUUCAUUCCUAAUCCCAAAAGUUGUCCAUCCUAUGACAAUAUAAACAAGAAGGAAUUGAAACUGCUGGGGGACACAAGCAUAAUAACAGCUAUUAUGGAAGAAAAAAUACAGAUGGCAAACCUCAAAACUUGCAAAGUACGAUUUAUUGUUUCGAUUAAACAUAUUAUGAUUCAUCCUGCAUUCUCAAACAGCAAACGGGCAGUUCACCAUUUGAGUGAGGUAAUUGAGGUGCAGACAAAACGUCACAGAUUACGACGACGACGACCUCUGUAAUUCUGAAACGGAUUUUUUGAAAUUUCCUUUAAUAUUAGAUGACGCUCUCUCGUUUGGGCGAUAGACCAACUUUUACGAGGCGCGUGAUGCAUUUCUUAUGGCAUUUGACAGUGAACAAUUAUUUGCGUCGAUUUUUCUUGCAUAUUCUGCUGAUCUUGAUUCGUUUCACAUUAUGUAUCGAACGCUAAUAUAUCCCAGCCCGCCAUACGGUGCUAAUUUUGGCUGUUUCCUCAAUUUGCGUUAAGUCGUGGAUUAAUAAUAUUGCCAACGUAUCAGUCAAAAGCGUACAACAACAACCACAGAACAUUAACCAAUAUGGUUUAUCGAAAUCGCUCCCUCAUUUACCUGU